CCUCCUCCCCUCGCGUCGCGGUUGAACGCUCAUGGUGAAGCAGCGCAUGCGAUUGGGAGAAAGAACCAACUUUUGGGGGGGUAGUAGCCUACAACACAAAAUAGCUUACUAAGAGCUGUGAACAUGGCUGCAGUUAAAACCAACGGUACCGAACAAGACUCCACACCGGCAAACGAGCAAAAUGGAACAUUGGCCAAGGGAGAGAACAUGAAUAAUAAGCAGGGCCCUGCAGACUCGAAACAGGAACCGGGUGACAACGAGGACGAAACCGAAAUGGACGUGAGCAACGGAGACAGCAAAGAGGAGAAGCCUUCAGUCGCACCAGAAGUCGCCAAAGAAUCGGUUUUACCCACGGAAAACGGCAACAAAGAAGACGAACCGGCCUGUGAACUGUCUGAACCGGUUAAAAGUCCGGUGGAGGGAAUCCCUGCGAGUAGCACCGAAACCGGGGAGAGCACCGUGGAGCUGAAUCAAGAACAAAGAGAGGAGAGCGUGUCCUCGCCUCCUAGCUCCGACAAGACCAAAAGCGAGGAAUCCACGGAGAAAACCGACCACGGUAUCAAAAGACGGGCCAGUGUCGAGAUAUCCUCCUCGGAUGGAGAACCUCUCAGUCGAAUGGAUUCGGAAGACAGUAUCAGCAGUACUCUGAUGGACAUGGAGAGCACAGCGUCCAGCGGGCGCUCCACACCUGCCAUGAUGAACGGGCACGGCCCGGGCACCGCCACCCCGUCGGUGGGUAAGGGCGUGGCAUACACCUGCUGCUGGGACCAGUGCCAGCUCCUCUUUACCACCAGCCCAGACCUGGCUGAGCACAUCAGGGGCGUGCACGUGGACGGACAACGGGGAGGGGUUUUUGUGUGCCUGUGGAAAGGCUGCAAGGUGUACAACACCCCGUCGACCAGUCAGAGCUGGCUCCAGAGACACAUGGUCUCACACAGCGGAGACAAACCAUUCAAGUGUGUGGUGGGGGGCUGCAAUGCCACGUUUGCCUCCCAGGGGGGGCUAGCGCGCCACGUACCCACCCACUUCAGCUCCCAGAACUCCAACAAGCUGGCCAAUCAGGGCAAGAUGAAGGAGGAUUCACCUUCGAAGGCGGGGCUUAACAAGAGGCGGAAACUCAAGAACAAACGCAGGCGGUCUUUACUGUGUUCUGUCCCUCCAGCACGACCUCACGACUUCUUUGAUGCCCAGACCAUGGAUGCUAUCAGACACCGGGCCAUCUGCCUCAACCUGGCUACACAUAUAGAGAGCCUGGGCAACGGACACAGUGUGGUGUUUCACAGCACGGUAAUAGCGAGGAGGAAGGAAGAUUCUGGGAAGGUUAAAGUCCUCCUCCACUGGACUCCCGAGGACAUACUACCUGAUGUGUGGGUGAAUGAGAGUGACCGGCCACAGCAGAAGACCAAGGUGGUCCACCUCUCCCAGCUGCCCCAGGAGACACACGUACUGCUGGACCCCAACAUAUACAGGAUGUUCUUCUAGAGACUGAGGACCAAUCAAAAGGGACUCGAAAAGGAGCCUGACGAUGUCACCUGGCACAGGAAAUCCCCAUGUCAUAUCCUGUCUGGACAGGAGUGGAGAAGACUAGAGAUUUCAAUACCUCUUUUAAUUCCCCCCUUUUUUCUUUAACUUUCUGCUCUUUUCACUUUCUUUUCAAUGUCAAAUUCCUCCAAAUGAUGAAGUUAAUUUAGUAUUUGUUUUCAAUGGUUUCUGAAAAUACACUCUAUAUACACAGUAGUAUGCAGACACCUCUUCAAAUAAGUGAAUUUGGCUAUUUCAGCCACACCCGUUGCUGCCAGGUGUGUUAAAUUGAGCACACAGCCAUGCGAUCUCCGUAGACAAACAUUGGCAGUAGAAUGAAGUGGGUCUCCAUGGACGAGCAGCCACACACAAGCCUAAGAUCACCAUGCACAAUGCCAAGCGUCGGCUGGAAUGGUGUUAAGCUCGCCGCCGUUGGACUCUGGAGCAGUGGAAACGUGUUCUCUGGAGUGAUGAAUCACACUUCACCAUCUGGCAGUCCGACGGACGAAUCUGGGUUUGGCGGAUGCCAGGAGAACGCUACCUGCCCGAAUAAGGUGCGCCCACUGUAAAGUUUGGUGGAUGAGGAAUAAUGGUUCGGGCUAGGCCCCUUAGUUCCUGUGAAGGGAAAUCUUAACGCUACAGCAUAUGACAUUCCAGACGAUACUGUGCUUCCAACUUUGUGGCAGGCCCUUUCCUGUUUCAGCAUGACAAUGCCCCCCUGCACAAAGCAAGGUCCAUACAGAAAUGGUUUGUCAAGAUCGGUGUGGAAGAACUUGACUGGCCUGCACAGAGCCCUGACCUCCACUCCAUUGAACCUUUGGGAUUAAUUGGAACGCAGACUGUGAGCCAGGCCUAAUCGCCCCACAUCAGUGCCCGACCUCACUAAUGCUCUUGUGGCUGAAUGGAAACAAGUCCCUGCAGCAACGUUCCAACGUCGAGUGAAAAGCCUUCCCAGAAGAGUGGAGGCUGUUAUAGCAGAAAAGGGGGGGACGAACUCCAUAUUAAUGCCCAUGAUUUUGGAAUGAGAUGUUCUACGAGCUGGUGUCCACAUACUUUUGGUCAUGUAGUGUAGGCCAAAUGUAUUAUAUACUAGGUGCUGAACAUUUGAGCCAUUUUGGGGGUGUUUUAGUUAAUACAACUAGACUACGAGCUUAACAGCACAGUUACUUGAUGUUGUAGAGACCUAGUUGCAUUUUGUAGAGAAACGUGUCUUUGUAAAUACUCCUGGAGAUUGGUAAUAUAUUUUUAUACCUGGAAAUUGUACUGUAGAUGUUUUAUUAUUUCUGCUCCAUUUAAAAAAUAAAUUUUAAAAUUUAAAAAAAGGUUUUAAACUGUAAUAAUUGUACAUAAUGCAAUAGGAAAAUAGUUAGGAAAAUAGGCUGUUAAGUGCACCCUGUUUCUGUCUUGACACUAGCUAGGUGAAUUGUACUGUCGCAGCUUCUGAUAGUUAAGAUGACGAUGAGGAAGUUGUAAGGCCUGUGUGUGUGUUUCUGUACGUUAUCUUUGUGCUGCUGGCAAUAGGCAAGUAAUAACAGUAUUAUUAACCCCUCUCUCUCCAGUCCUCUGUCAGUCUGGCUAACUAACGUCUGCAUGUUAGUGCGGGGAAUGGAGAUGAUCAUGUUGAACUAUACAGUAGGACUGUUCUUCACGGUCUGUCUGAAUAGCUACCGAAGUGUGUGUGUGUGUGUGUAGAGGUCCAUUAUAACAUGGCAUCACAGUUUGUUUUGUUUUUAAAUAAAAUGUUUAAUUAAA